GGGCCGGGCUACUUCUUUUCGGAUGUGGAAUCUCUUAUCCACACAUCCGUCUGGCACAUGUAAUUGAGGUCCAACUUCGAAUACGACAUUGAAAGGUCAAGGCAAGAGCUAAGGAAAGAGCUAAGGCAAGAACUUACACAAUAGCUCCCAAAGUACAGCAAACAUCCAGAAGAGCUCGAAAAACACCUGCGAGGUAUGCAAACAGAAAACAGACACCGUUCGCUAUCUGUUUCGGUGAUAGCACAUCACGCCGGUUCCAUAGAGAGCGUUUUCCAGUUGAUCACUGUCUGUUGGCUUCCAACGACAUCCGGAGCGGGGAAUGUCUUUGGCCUGGUUCAUGCUGGUCGGGCUGCUGAUCGUCGAGAGAAACACCUUUGGGGCCCUUGCAACCGCAUCCCCGCACUAUGGUCUUCGUAGUGCCCUUCAUAAAACGAUUAAAGCAUCGGACGUGGAGCAUCGAAGAUCACGUCGGAUUAUGCGCAUUACCGGACUAGAUAAAGGUGGCCUAAGCCCCAAAAAGGUGCAACAUGUUGACACAUUGAACACCACCAUUUCGACACCGGAGCGCAAGCAGUACAACAUGUGGCAGGUGCUGAAAGCCGACGGGCAAGCCAACUUCUAUGUACUGUUCUUCACCAUCUACAUCAGCUACCUGGUGUAUGUGCUAUUCUAAGUUGUUAUUUUGUGAGCAAAUUGUUAGGUGAUCGCAUUUCUAUUCUAAAAUUUUUAUAUUUAAUUUCACUGGAAAAAAAUAA